UUUGAAUAUCAAUUUGAAUUUGAAUUUCUUUAGGGUCGGAUGGUAAAUAUCUGGAUGUCACCUGCGGUCACACUUAAGAAGUAGUUUUGUAAACAAAACAAAAUGGAUUGCGUUUUAGACGAGGAGUUGCUGGCCAACAUAAAAUGUAGUGACCAGGAGGACGAAGACGAAGAUGACGAGAAGAUGCGGUUGGAGGAGCAGCAGCCGCCGGCGGGCUGCACAGCACUAGGUACCUCCUUCAACGGGGAGGACACCGAUCCGCUCCAGGAUACCGCGGCCACCUGCAAUUUUCACUGGAUCUUCGAGGACAGUGAUGUCCUAAUUAACGAGGACCAACUGGCGGACAUGGUGCUGAAGAAGGAGGAGUCGUUCCGGCCAGCUGCCCCAAAGCGAGGGCGGGGUCGUCCACCCAGCCAUCUCGGCAACUACACAUCUUCCAGUGGUCAAAUAUGGAGCGCGACCAGGGAUCCUCAGGUGUCUGAAGAGGGCCUCCCAGUCCUGGGGCAACGCGCCUGUGGCAAAGGUCCUGCCCGCACAGUUUCCAAUGCAGUGGAGGCCUGGAUGCUCCUUUUUGACGAUGAAAUGCUACGAUCUCUGCUUCGCCAUGUCAACGAACAGAUGCGCAAGCGGAGGACGCCCACGACAGUCCAGAGACCCCUGGACAUCGUGGAGCUGCGGGCAUACCUGGGCUUGAGCUAUCUUUGCGGGGUGUUCCGCAAUGCCCGAUACAGUGGACCUCUGGAGGAGCUGUGGACCCUGGAACUGGGCAACGCCAUAUUCCGGGCAUCCAUGACCCUGGCACGAUUCGAAAGUAUCUCCGAGUGCCUGGCGGGGAACUGCGGCUGGGCCGAGGGGCAGAAAUUGUGGCAACGACUCCUCAUCAACUGCCGAUCCUACUACGGCUGCAGCAGUUGGUUGUCCGUGGAUGAGUCGCCCUGCUCGGUGGCCAAGUCGCGAAUGACGCUUUGCUGCGAUGCCCGAACGCUGUACAUGGCCAAUGCCGUGGUCAGCAGGAACCAGAGAUGCGCGGAAAAGGAUGUGGAGCAGUUGAUCUGCGAUUUCAAGACCACUGGGAGAAAUGUGACUCUGGGGGCGCGACAUCUGAACCUGACACAGUCCGAGCAACUGAUUCAGCGCCAAAUCAGCUCGUUGGGACUGAUGGAGAACACUUCGCCAGAUUGGCCGCGUCAAUGGCCCACUGAUUCAAACGUGUUUAGCGGCUCCUCCAAGCUCAUUCCCCUCGUCGGCGAGGCAGUUUUCUGCUGCGGUCUCAGCUCCCAAGUGGAUGCUAUCCAGGCUUAUCAGCAAACCUCACAUGCCUGCCAACAGUUCCACGAACUCUCGCAACGCUUCAGCACGGCCCACGCGACGCCCGGUUCCCUAAGGAAACAGGUAAAUCCCUUUCUGCAACUACUCCACUUUGUCCUCAAUGCGGCGGCUGUUAAUUCCUGGAUCCUGCUGCGACUUUCACCCAAAGGCGAUGCGGCGAUGGAGCAGCGUGACUUUCAGCGACAGCUAGGGCUCUUCCUCACCCAACAAAGGCUGCAGCGACGGCUUCAGCGCCGAUCCACCAGCACAUCGCUGGUUAUGCGGCUGCAGAUCUGCGAGAUUCUGGGCCAAUCCAGUCAGCGGCUACUCAGCGAGGCGACCGGCGAUGCCAAACUUACCCACAGCGUUGGUGUUCUGACGCCGGAGAAGAUGAGCCUGCCGUUGGGCGUCAACCUGGCCAGUCGCUAUGGCGAGAAGCACCGGAGGUGCAAGCCCUGCGCUCGGAACAAGCGGGGCACAAAAUCCCGGACGCGGUGUCAACAGUGCAUGCAACACCGAUGCGGCAACCACCUCAUAUCCCGCUGCUAUGAGUGCGUGGGCAUCCUGCCCGGUCAACUGCCCGAGGGUAACAUGCGGGAAGAAGACUGCACUUGAACGUGGACAUUAAAUAACAUUUAUUGAA